AUGGCUGGAACACAACCGCCUGACACCGUGCUUCUAACUGAACAUCUCGGAUAUGCACCAGUCUCCCUCCUCGACAGCAUAAUCAAUGUUGUCAACAGUUUAGCGGAUCGAACCCUUGAUCGCGUCGAACAGGGCCUUGCCGGUGCGACCCCCAAGACCCUCGGAUUUGAACGGGCCCUCAAAAAACGACAUCAACAACAACAAGGGCAAUCGUCGGGUGCACCACACCCACUUCCGCUGAGUCCGCAGGAAGCCGCCGAAUUCGAAGUUGCGGAUGGCGUGCACAAGCUAGAAACUCUCCUAUGCAAUGCCAUCGACAAGAAUUUUGACAUCUUCGAGCUCUAUGUUAUGAAGUAUCUUAUCUGCGUCAACGCCUCUACCCGCUCCUGGAUCCGCCUCGCCCACUACAACGAUCUCGCCUUCGAUGCCCUCCAUCGCGACGAGUCGCCCUCCACAGAGAGUGUGAACGCAGUGCGCCGCAGUCUGCAGGAGAGCCAGAGGCUGAAUGGAAUGCUAUAUGUCGAGAAGGCCAGAAAUGCGGAAUUACUCGCCAAGUUGCGUGUUUCCGUUGGAGAUCAGUUAUCUACCUCUAUGCGAUCAUCCGUGAUUAAGAGUGAUACCAAGAGAGAGACCGUCGAGAAUAAGGGCCCGUUUGGAUUUUUACAUGACAAUGGCGACCUGGCAGAGGCUGAUGCUCAGACGCCAAUCACUACCACCUCUGCAUUUACCCUCUCCCAAAUGCAGGCAUUGCGGGCCUUGUCAACCUCAUUGAGUAAUCUUAUACCUGGCCUAGAAGGUGAUAGCGAUGCAUCAGAAGCACGCGAUCAGCCCAGAAGAGGAUGGAGGCGCGAAAGGAUGGAGUAUGUCCAGGGAGCCACGCGGAAACAUCUCGAGAGCGUCUGGGGACUGGAGUUGGCCGAUAACGGCCUGGUCAGAGACGGAGAUUGGCAAGGCCGAGGGCGCAAAUUUGCCAAAGGCGAGGUCGAAGGGCUCGAAAAAUCAUUGGCCGUUAUCGAACACCAUAAAGAAACACCAUCGGCACAGCAAGACGACUCUAGUGACCCGUAA